AUGGCAUCAGAAAUUCAACCUCCAUCGGACACAACCACACAGCUGGAGCAAUGGGAUUUGGUGACUCAUGACUCUGGGCAAGAUCAGGAUAAACAUGAGAAGCAAUACCUUCAAGCGACAUAUCCGAACCAAGCUCUGCGGAAUGAAUUCUAUACUUGGAUUGCAUCAGAGGUUGGGGAAGAUCCUACUCAAAUGUAUGCCUUGAGGUACAGUGACAUUCCAAUUGCCAAGCCAAAGCAAGAGGGCUCGGUGCAACCUGUGUGCGUGCCUUUGUCCCAAUUUUCCUUUGCUGAUGAUGCUGGGUUGACGGGUCCACCAGAGCUGGAGAAGGCUCGCCUUCUUCUUGGGAUUCUUUGCAGCUAUGGGUAUGACGUGGAGGAGCCAGUGAAAGUGAAUUGGAAGCCUCUUGAUGAGAUUGGGGUGGGGCAGCUCCUCUAUCUGAAAGGGCAGCUUCGAAUCUUAACCACCUUAUCCAUUCUGGCUGUGGUGCACCAACGCAAAGCGAAGUUGAGUGAAGUUCAUGUUGGCUUGCAACAAAGCUUGCAGAGGAUCUGGUGUGUGCAUGUGGAGUUGACCAACCGCCAGGAGGAACUGUUCUACAACUUGCGAGUGGCUGUCAAGGGAUCAGUUCGGACAGCCCCCACGGCGGUAACUUGGGUCAACAGCUUGCUAGAGCUAGCCAAGACAGGCGACAAAGACCUACAAGCGACUUUGAAUGCAUGGAAUGCACAGGCCCCCAAGUCGGACAAGGUCACUGGUCAAAAGUUUCUCACUGUGAAGAACCUUUUGGACCUUCCUUCAGAGUGCAGACAAGCUAUGUUUGCCUACAUCAACAAGUAUGGAUUUGACAGCUCACCCUACACGGAAGAUCUACUGUCGAGCAAGAAACUUUUGGUGAGCUUCACCUUCAAAACUACAAAAGUGCCUAAAACGUCACCUUGGGCGGGGCAUUGGGCAAAGGUGACCAAGGAAGCUUUGAACCUUUGGAUCACGUGCUUGAAUGCAAAAUGGGACCGGAGCCAAAAGGGGGGCCGGAGGCAACCAACCAAAGCGGAGGGGGAAAGCCUUCUGGAGCAAUGUUACUUGAUUUAUUAG